CGAUCUACACGCAACGUUCUCUAGCGAGCAAGACCGACUUCCACCCAUGACGGGACCGUGUGAUCCAAACCAUCCCGGUGGCUGGGAGGGAGGUGAUAGGGAAAAAAAAAAAAAGCCAAAUAAAUAGAUGAAUAAAAAAACUAAUGAAUAAAAGAUCAUUUCUCUCCCGCCCCCCAAUCAACAAUGUUGGCAAACCAGGAAUUCGGGGGCGUCCCAUCGGUGCUUUCAGCAAGGUGGCCUCGGGUGAGUACCUCGAUCAAAUUGAUCAUGGUCAUGGUCAUGAACUCCAGUCACCUGCAGAAGCGGUUCUCCACCGCCUGGGAACGAAUCGAACCCCGACGCACUGGGCAUGCAUUAGCACCCACCGCCCAUCAACCAGUAGUAUCAUGCCCAGCUUGGGCAUGGAAAUCGGAAAAGGCACCACCACGCCUCGCGGACGGCCCGAGAAUGAUCGAAACAGAGGAAAGAAGAGUCAUGGAGUGGAAUAUUCUUUACGACCUCAAUCCACAAAGUGGUCCCAGUACACUUGCUAUAUACUCCCGUGGUCUUCUAUCUCUCAAUCCAUGCCAUAUUCUCCCUCCUUCAUGAAAGAAAUCUAGUACUAUAUUCCCGCAACAAAGCCAAACCGGGCACGGCACGGCACCUAUUGAAGCAACACUGCACGUUCAUGUCAAUCAAUUCGCUUAUCGCCAUUCGUCUCCCCCAAUGAACGCGUCAAGGGCGGGGUAAACGCGACUUUAACGCGUCCUGACACGCGCAUCCGCGCGU